GAAGAGCAAUGAAGAGGCGCUAAAGGAUAGGAGGAGGGUGACAGGUCUACUCAGCGUGACGGAGCCCAGCCUGCUACAGUUCUACGUCUCCAGACAGUGGCUCAACAAGUUCAAGACCUUCGCUGAGCCUGGACCCAUCUCCAAUGACAACUUCCUCUGUUCACACGGAGGCGUGCCGCCUGCCAAGGCAGCGUUCAUGGAUGAUCUGGUCGUGAUGCUGCCUCAGAACGCGUGGGACCACCUCUACAGCAGGUACGGAGGCGGGCCUGCUGUCAACCACCUGUAUGUGUGUCACACUUGUCAGACAGAGAUUGAGAAGCUGGAAAAGAGACGCAGGACAGAGCUGGACAUGUUUGUCCGGCUGAACAAGGCGUUCCAAGAGGAGGAGUCUCCACUGAUCAUCUACUGCAUCAGCAUGCAGUGGUUCAGAGAGUGGGAGGGCUUCGUCAAGGGAAAGGACAAUGAUCCACCGGGACCAAUCGAUAACUCCAAGAUCGCGAUCAACAAGAACGGCCAUCUAACACUCAGACAAGGAGCUGACUCGGGACAGAUCUCUGAGGAGACGUGGAACUUCCUCCACUCCAUCCACGGAGGAGGUCCGCUCGUAACAGUCCGGCCCAACGUCUCUCACACCAACGCAUCUCACCCCGAACUAGAGGCCUCCUCGCAGUCUAAGGAGAAGAUAUAGGUGGAGACGUGCUACGUUUAAAUCUACCUACAUCACAACCUCUUCACAGGAAACUACCUACCUACGGUACCUACCCCCUAACAGGAAACUACCUACCUACAUACCAACCUCUUCACAGGAAACUACCUACCUACGGUACCUACCCCCUAACAGGAAACUACCUACCUACUGUACCUACCCCCUAACAGGAAACUACCUACCUACCCCCAAACAGGAAACAACCUACCAACGGUACCAACCCCCUAACAGGAAACUACCUACCUACGGUACCUACCCACCAACAGGAAACUACCUACCUACGGUACCUACCCACCAACAGGAAACUACCUACCUACGGUACCUACCCACCAACAGGAAACUACCUACCUACCAACCCCCCUAACAGGAAACUACCUACCAACGGUACCUACCCCCUAACAGGAAACUACCUACCUACCCCCCAACAGGAAACUACCUACCUACCUACCAACCCCCCU